AUGCGAGCCGCUCCGCAAGAAGCUCGGGGCAGAGUUGGCAGAGCUGGCAGAGCCGCGCAGCGAGCGCGAUCUCUGGAAGUGAUGCCGGGAGCAGUGACCUCAGAAGGCAGAGAGCUGUUGGAGCCUGGAGCUGGUGCCUUUGACUACGUGAUCGUUGGUGCCGGUUCUGCUGGUGCAGUUCUGGCACAUCGUCUUGUGAAGGAUGCAGGUGCCAAAGUACUCCUCAUCGAGAACGGUCGCAGUCAUCACGGGCAAUGGGAUUGGUGGAAAGUCAAUAUGCCUGCUGCCUUGACUUUCAACCUGGCUGAUGCCAAGUAUAACUGGGACUUUUACACAGUGCCCCAACGUCACAUGGAUGGUCGGCGUUUGCACCAGCCGCGUGGCCGGGCUCUGGGUGGGUCCUCUAGCCUCAAUGCCAUGGCCUACGUGCGAGGACACGCCCUGGAUUACGAGCGCUGGGCGCAGGAAAUCGGUGAGGGUGGUGAAGCCUGGUCCUACAGGAACAUCCUGCCAUAUUAUCGCAAAGCGCAGAGUCAUCAAGAGGGCGAGUCUGUAUACCGCGGAGGUUCUGGACCUCUUGCAGUGACUCGGCGGCGAACGCCAGCUGUCAAGGCCAUCAACGAGGCCUUUGUUGCCGCGGGCGAGCAGGCCGGAUAUCCAAGGACCGAAGAUAUGAAUGGGUUCCAGCAGGAAGGGUUUGGGCAGAUGGACAUGACAGUUACGCCCGAUGGUAAACGAGCAAGUACGUGGGAGUGCUAUCUCAGACCGCUGAUGUAUCCUAAAAGCGCAGAGGACGAGGCUGCCGGUAAACGGCUGAAGGUGAUCACCAACCAGAUGGCUGUGCGCCUUCUCUUCGAAGGCAACAGAGUCACUGGCGUGGAAACUGUUCCCUCUCCGAAGCCAAAGCCAGGUGGUGGCUUCCACAGUGAGUCCUCCGGAGUUGUGCAGAAGCACUUUGCUCGCGAGGAGGUCGUUCUAUCGGCAGGUGCUGUCGGCUCACCUCAGCUUCUGAUGAUGAGUGGCAUUGGGAACGCCAAGGAGCUCGAGAAGCUGGGACUCCCAGUUCUCCUUGACCAACCGGCCGUGGGCCAGAAUCUACAAGACCAUCUGGAGUUCUACGUUCAAUACUUGAGCCGUUUUCCGUGCUCACUGUAUCCCUGGGCCGCGACUUUUCCUGGACUAGGUCUGCUAUCGAAGUACGCGUAUCGCCAGCCCUGGAGAGCAAUUCAUGCCGGAAUUGUUUGGAUGCUGGCCGGAGCUGGCAUUGGAUCUUCCAACCAUUUUGAGGUAGGUGGCUUCAUCAGAUCGCGUGCCGGGAUGCCCCAUCCCGAUCUGCAGUACCACUUCAUCCCUGGAAUCGUCACUGGUCAGUUGGACUUUUUGCCCGAGCACGGUUACCAGGCCCACUGCGGCACGAUGCGACCGACCAGCCGCGGCACAGUUCAGCUCACCAGUGCUAGCAUUUUGGAUGCGCCACAUAUCGAUCCAAACUUUCUUGCGACAGAGGAAGAUCGGAAAGACAUGCGAGCUGGAUUGCGUCUGACAAUUGAGAUUAUGGAGCAAGAGGCACUAAAGGACUUCAAGCUCAAGCGCUUUGCACCUCUCGAUUCUCUCGACUUGGCCUCCGAUGAUGCCGUCGACGCCUGGAUCCGCGCCUCAAGUCAUUCAGGAUAUCACCUCUCGUGCACUUGUGCAAUGGGCAAAGUUGUGGACGCGAAGGGCCGGGUGAAAGGUUUGGAGAAGCUGCGCGUAGUGGAUGCAUCCAUCAUGCCGUCUAUGACGAGUGGAAACUUGAACGCGCCUACCAUCAUGUUGGCAGAGAAGAUCGCUGACGAUUUGUGUGGACACGAUGCGCUACCACCUGCCGAGGAUGCCGGCUGGUACAUGCCGCAGGAUUACGAGUCCACGCAGCGUUGA